CCUGCGCACUGGAGCACUAGAGACCCCCCCACCUAACCACUCCUUUGUGUUUUGAUGCUCAGCGCUCACACCUGAAGUGACCGGCAGGAAGUGAAGAUCGGAGCUGAGAGCGCACAGCUCUUCCCAUCCUGCUACGUCUGUGUACCGAUAGAUGGGCACAUUUGGAGAACGAGACGGAUAGAAACAUCCGCAGGGAGGGGGGAUGCGCGCAUGACAGCCUUUGGACGUUUCCAUUUGUAUCAGCCGAGCAGGGAAUUGAAUCUUUCCGCUGGGUGCUGCGUUAAAAAAACAAAAAAACACUCGCGACUGGUGAAUUAAACAUUUGCACAUCUCGUCCGUCUCCGGCGAUCGUCACCGCACCAUGCGAGCAGGAGAGACGCGCCCUGUGCCAUGCUGAACAACUCUCCGACUCUCCUGCUGGCUCUGACCGCGGUGGCCGCACUUCUUCCGCGAUGUCAAGGCUGGAGCGACGAGGACCUCCUCCUGCCGCCCAUCAACUCCUCCAACAGGUUCCUGGCGAACCUGGAGGUGGACGUGCGCUUCUCCAAAAGGUCUGUGGAGGAGAGCGACGCCUCGCCCGACGCCUCCUCCAUGCAGAGUCUGUCCCAGUGCAACGUGAGCGUCCAGAGACUCCUGCCCACGUCGCUGGUGGCCCGCUGGGACAGCAGCUUCGGCUUCCAGUGUGAUGUUAUCAUCUACACCACCAACAACCACGGCAGGGCUUUUUUCGCCGCGUCUUUCAACAGGGUGAUCUCGCCCGUUGUCAUCGAGCACCUCGGGGUCACCGGGGGUCAGCAGGAGUUGCGCUUGUGCGUGGGCUGCGGGAUGUCCCGGUACCGGAAGUUCGGUCAGGGUAGGUCAAGGGGCCAGCAGACCGGGGAUCAAGUCACUUUCUGCUGCGUGGAUUUCAGCCUCGACGAGCUGAAGGGGGACAAAAGUUGGAGGCUGAACAGAAAACCCAUCGAGUCGACACUUGUGGCUUGUUUUAUGACUCUGGUUAUCAUUGUGUGGAGUGUUGCUGCUCUCAUAUGGCCAGUGCCGAUCAUUGCAGGAUUUCUGCCUAAUGGGAUGGAGCAGAGGAGACCCAGAUAACUGAAAUAUCCUUCAUUAUAUUUAUAGCCUGUGCUGCCUAUACUAUAAUUGUAGCCAUCGAACUGUAUGAAUGAAUGAUUGCGGAGGAACUUUUUGAUCAAAUGCUUUAAUCUAGGGUGUUCUUAGACCUCCUUUUCCUCCUGUUUAGGACAACCGAGGUAAAGUAUAAAGGGUUAUUAUAUACUAGCCAAUAUUAAUCUAUACUGGGACCAACACCAAUGUGUUUUGUAUACCCUUGUAGGCCUUCCUAUGUCUGCGUAAACUGUGCAAAACUUUUCUCUUUAAACAGUGUUUGUAUAGUUUUUAAUCUUUCUAGAAAGUUUUUGCCUUAUUCUAUGUGUAGGACUUUUGCACUGAAAACUGAACUUCAAAGCGUGCCGUCUCAUACACUAUAUAACCAACAGUCAUGCGCAUUCAGAAGUCAAUGUGAUAGUUUUUUGCCCCCAGAUUAAGAUCCUUUAAAAACAUAGUUGUUGUUUAUGAUUGGCAUAGAGAGGGAUUGAGUACUUAUAUUGUUAGAUUUCUUAUGUCAAGUUGAAUAAAAGUGGUUAUUUGUAUUCAUGUUCUAAAGAUUUAAGUAAAAAUAAAACAUAUAUAGGCCAUACCAGAUUUUCUCUGACCUGUUCUCUGCAGUCACAUUUACUUCACACACACACAAGCACUCACGUUAAAUGUGAAUGGAUCAUGAUUUUACCUCUGGAUCUGGAUCCUGUAUGUUUAUGCUCACUUUUGCUUAAAAUGCAGGAACGUGUGUGAUUGAACUUAGAUUUUGUAUGGGGUGAUUUUAAGAUCAAACUUUUAGGAAGCCACAGUCACAAUGUCAUGCAUCCAGAGCCUUGUAAAUGAUAUUACUAGAAUAUGCUGUUUGCUCAUGUAGUCAACCCUUUUCGCCUUUGCAAACUUCAAUUCAGUUGUUUACACACGUUACCUUCAAAAGCACUAAUUCGAAGGAUUACCUAUGCUAGUGUCUAAGAAGAAUUCAGAAUGAAUAAUCACAGAAUUCAAUAUAAUGCAAUCAUUUUAGGGUGGAACCUUUAUUUAUCAAACCUGAGGCGAAAUUUAAGUCAUUUUGACAAUUUGUUGCAAAGCAGAUAAGAGGAGAAACAUGCAACACAUCGUUUCAGUCUCUUAAUCACAACAACAGUCGCCUAAAGGUGCUUUAUGUUGUCAGGUAGACCCUACAAUAAUAUAUACA